AGUUCCUUUAUUUAUUUACUGCACGCGUGUGCCAGUUCGGUGCUCCGCGAAAAAGGUAGUUUUUCGUAAAAUUCCGGCAGUAAACGGUCCAAAAUGAGGAUCGAAACGUGCUACUUCUGCUCCAGCAAGAUCUUCCCCGGUCACGGAAUGGUUUUUGUCCGGAAUGACUGCAAGGUUUUCAGAUUUUGCCGUUCGAAAUGCCGCCGGGCAUUCAACAAGAAGAAGAACCCGAGAAAGAUCCGCUGGACCAAGGCGUACCGCAAGACCAACGGCAAAGAGCUGACCAUCGAUCCGUCGUUCGAGUUCGAAAAGCGCCGCAACGUUCCGGUCAAAUACAACCGGGAACUGUGGUCCAAGACGAUCGACGCCAUCAAGAAGAUCACAGAAAUCAAGGAACGUCGCGAGAGGCAUUUCGUCAUGGAACGACUGCGGAAGGCACGGGACCACGAAAUCCACAACGACAUCGUGGACGUGCAGAAGAACAUCUCGCUGAUCCGGUCGCCGGCCGUCGGUCUGAAGGAGCGCCGUGCCAAGGAGGAAGCCCAGCAAUCGGCCCUGCUGAUGGACGUGGAAGACGAGGAAGAGGAGAUCGAAUACGUCGAUGCGCGCCAGUUGGAAAAACAGCUGGAGGAAUCCGCCGGUCAGCUGGAAGAGGACGCCGAGAUGAUGAGGGCGUAAGGUGGGACUGCGUGAAGCAGUUCGGGUGGAGACGUUUAGGUAUGUAAGGUACGGCGCGUUAAGUUUAGGUUUUCUUUAGAUACUCUAUAUUUAAAACAGUACGAAUGAAGAACUAUGCAGGAAAAA